GGAUUAUCUAGUGUAUCCUGAAGGUGUUAGAUUCCGGGAUAGACUCAGUCAUGGUCAGUUUGACCUCUCUACUAUAGGACAACAUGUGGCGGCAUCUAUACUAGCCAUCAGUCUCACAACAGCUGCCAGGUUUCUGCCCGAGGAUGCUAAUGUAACCAAGAGUGAUACCUUGGCAUCACUUAUAUCAGAUAUGAACUGUUAUGAAUCAAGAUUCCAUCCAAUAUCAUUGCUCAAACGAGACAUUCUUGAUGCAGGACACCAGCUGUCAGAGUGGCAAUGUAUCCAACACAUCAUAGAAUCCUGUGAUACAAAACUGAAAUCACUAGAUAGAGACAAAGAAACAAUUUGUAAAGCAAUAACCACCAUUUGUAGAAAACUCAAGGAAUAUCCUUGUCUGAAAUGACUCGAGUUGGCCCAAUUGAUACACCCCUACCUCAGCUUAGAGGCCUUAAUCAGUGUUUGUGGACAUCACAAAGUGGCCACUCUCUAUCGUUAUCAACAAGUCAAACUCAUAAAUGAUGCAGUACAAUCGUGCUCUACUCCAAAUGGACCAAAUGAAUUUUUGAAUGUUGAUCAUUCUAGUCAUGAUUGUGAUAAAACUGAUAAAACUCAUUCUGC